AUGUCGGACCUCGAGGAUAUGAGCAACUUCGAUGCGUGGCUGGAGAAGGACUUUCUGAGCAAAAUCACCCGCCUGGAGACGGAGCUCGAGGACCUGAAGGACAAGAAAACCAACCUCGACAAGGACCUGAAGAAGAAAACGAUCGAGUGUGAUAUACUGCGGGCGAAGGUGGGCAAGCUGGAGCAGGUACCGUCGAACAAUGCCGCGUCGAACGAAAAGAUCGAGACGCUGGAAAAGGAGCUGAAGCGCAAGACGAUGGAGCUGGACAUACUGCGGUCGAAGCUGUCGCAGGCGGAAACCAAACCGGAGGCGUCCCAGGAUCUGACCGAGCGCGUGAAGCAACUGGAGAAGGAGCUGAAGAAGCGCAUCAUCGAGAAUGGCAUUCUGCGGGGCAAACUGACGGAGGUGGAAAGCGAGCCGCAAACACCGGAGGCCCAGGAAAAGCUGGACGAGCUGGUGCGGGGCCUACAGCGCACGGAGAGUGUGGUACUGAAGGAGAAGGUUCGCGAGCUGGAGGGCGAUUCCGAGGCGUCCGAACGGAACGGCGAGCUCGAGCGGGAGCUGAAGAAAAAGAACAUCGAGAGUGACAUUUUGCGCUCGAAGCUGAGGCAGUUCGAGAACUCACCCUCGUCCGCCCAGGAGACCAACGAGCGGAUGCGUGAUCUCGAGAAGCAGGUGAAGAAGUACCAGAUCGAGGCGGAUAUCCUGCGCGCCAAGGUGAGCCAGCUGGAGAGUGAUGCGGCGACGCGCGAAGACGAGGAAUCGACCGAACGGAUCGAGGAGCUGGAGAAGGGCCUGAAGAAGAGCACCACCGAGGGCAACAUGCUGCGGGCGAAGAUGCAGAUGUUCGAGAAGGAAUCGACGGCCACGCAGGACUCGAACAGCGAGCAAAUCGAGGAGCUCCGCAAGGGCCUCAAGAAGAGCACGACCGAGAGCCAAAUCCUGCGAUCGAAGCUGUGCGAGCUGGAAAACAAGCACGUCAACAGUGGAGCCAGCAGCUACAAGAUCGAGACGCUCGAGCAGGAGCUGAAGAAGAAGAACAUCGAGAACGAUAUCCUGCGCUCGAAGGUGGAGCAGCUGGAGCGCGUCCCGCUGGCCGACAGUCCUGCGAACGAGAAGAUCGAGGAGCUGCAGAAGGAGAUCCGCAACCUGAAGAUCCAGAACGACAUCCUGAAGUCGAAGCUGAACCAGGCCGAGGAUGAACCGACCACGACGCAGGAAUCGACCGAUCGCAUCAGCGAGCUGGAGAACGAGCUGAAGAAGCGCACGAUCGAGAGCGAUAUCCUGCGGGCGAAGGUCACCCAGCUGGAGUGCGAGCUGUCGCCGUCGAAGAACUCCAACGAAAGGAUAGAGGAUCUCGAGAGCGAGCUGAAGAAAAAGACACUGGAGAACGAUAUCCUCAAGUCGAAGGUUAGCCAGCUGGAGGGUGAGGUCAUUGCGCACACGGGCGGCACCAAGCCGGACCCGGUGGAGAUCAAGAAGCUGAAGGAAAAGCACGAGGACGUAAUGAACAAGGCGAAGGAGUUGCUGUUCGAGCGCACGAAGACGGUGAAGACGCAGGACAUGCAGAUCCGGGCGCUGCAGAAUCAGAUCGAAAACAUCAAGGAGGUGGUGACGGUCACCAAGGAUAUGCUGAACAUACGCAACAUGGAGCACGAACAGCUGCAGACGCGGUUCGAGAACAUCGACAGCAAGAUGAAGGCGGAGCGCGAACGGCAGACGUUGCUCGAGAAGAAGCUGGCCGUCUCGCAAAAAAUGUACAACGAUUUGCGGGAAGAGUACACGACGCAGCUCGAUCUCUUCAAGGACUCUUCUUCGUCAAAUUCCAGGAAAUACAGAAAAACUACGCCGAAAAGAUCGAGCUCAUCAAGGAGGAAAUCGAAUCAGUCCGGAAUGGUGCCCAAAAGUGAUUCGUCCCACAAGCCAGACCAACAGUUACCUUCGAUCACCGUUGAUGAUCAUCUGCGGAGCGAGCUCGAAGGUCGGUCGUGUUGCUGUACAUUGCAAUAGGAGUCGGUCUCUACACUACAGCGACUCAACGUUGCGGCGUUAGUCAACACAAAAACGUUUAUAAAGCGAUAUUCACUUACUUACAUACAC